AUGGGGCUGGUGAAGACAGCUCAAAAAGUUGGAUGGAGCACUGCUCGGGAUUACUACACAUUUUUAUGGUCUCCUAUGCCUGAGCAUUAUGUGGAAGGAUCAACAGUCAACUGUGCACUAGCAUUUCAAGGAUAUUACCUUCCAAAUGAUGAUGGAGAAUUUUAUCAGUUCUGUUACGUCACCCAUAAGGGUGAAAUUCGUGGAGCAAGCACUCCUUUCCAGUUUCGAGCUGCUUCUCCCGUUGAAGAGCUGCUUACUAUGGAAGAUGAAGGGAAUUCUGAUAUGUUGGUAGUGACCACAAAAGCUGGCCUUCUUGAGCUGAAAAUUGAGAAGACCCUGAAAGAAAAAGAAGACUUGUCAAAGUUGAUAGCUGUUCUUGAAAAAGAAACAGCACAGCUGAGAGAACAAGUUGGAAGAAUGGAGAGAGAACUGAGUCACGAGAAAGGACGGUGUGAGCAGCUGCAGGCGGAGCAGAAGGACCUCCUUGAAGUAUCACAAGGUUUGAGAGCGGAAAAUGAGGAGUUUAUGAAGAGAUUCAGCGACGCUGCAUCUAAAGCCCAGCAGCUUGAAGAAGACAUUGUGUCAGUGACGCAGAAAGCGAUUGAAAAGGAAACAGAGUUAGACAGUUUGAAGGAUAAACUCAGGAAGGCACAGCAUGAAAGAGAACAGCUUGACUGUCAGCUGAAGACGGAAAAGGACGAGAAGGAGCUUUAUAAGGCCCAUUUGAAGAAUACAGAAAUAGAAAAUACCAAGCUUGUGUCAGAGAUACAGACUCUAAAGAAUUUGGAUGGAAACAAAGAGAGCAUGAUUACUCAUCUCAAAGAAGAGGUUGGCAAACUGCAGAUGUGUUUGACUGAAAAGGAAAACUUGCAUAGGGCUCUCCUGCUUACAACCUCAAAUAAAGAAGAUACAUUAUUUUUAAAAGAGCAGCUUCGUAAAGCAGAGGAACAAGUCCAGGCAACUCGGCAAGAAGCUGUCUUUCUGGCUAAAGAACUCAGCGAUGCUGUGAAUGUGCGAGAUAAAACAAUGGCAGAUCUCCACACUGCACGCUUAGAAAACGAGAGAGUGAAAAAGCAGCUGGCUGAGGCACUGGCAGAACUUCAGUUAAAUGCUGUGAAAAAAGAUCAGGAAAAGACUGAUACACUGGAACAUGAACUGAGAAGAGAGGUUGAAGAUCUGAAACUUCGGCUUCAGAUGGCUGCAGAUCAUUACAAAGAAAAGUUUAAGGAAUGCCAGAGGCUCCAAAAACAAAUAAACAAGCUUUCAGACCAGUCAGCCAGUACUAAUAGUGUCUUCACAAAGAGGAUCGGGAAUCAGCAGAAAGUGAAUGAUGCUUCAAUGAACACAGACCUGGUCGCUUCCCCUUCUGCUGUGGAUAUAAAGCCCGCAGUGUCUUCUGCAGAGACAGAUUUUGACACAUCAGCAACAAAGGACCAUGUAUGUGAAAUGACCAAAGAAAUUGCUGAGAAAACUGAAAAGUAUAAUAAAUGUAAACAACUCUUACAGGAUGAAAAAACCAAAUGCAAUAGAUAUGCUGAUGAACUUGCAAAAAUGGAGCUGAAGUGGAAAGAACAAGUGAAAAUUGCUGAAAAUGUCAAACUUGAGCUAACUGAAGUAGAGGACAGCUACAAACUACAAUUGGCAGAGAAAGACAAAGAAAUAAAUGGCCUGGCUUCUCAUUUGGAAACUCUCUCAAGGGAGAAGGAACUUAAAAGGAGUUUAGAAGAUCAAAAAGGAAGGAAAAUGGAAGGUCAGAGCCCUCAACAAGUCUCGAGGUGUCUCAACACAUGCUCUGAGCAAAAUGGGCUCAUUCCUACCCUGUCAAGUGCACAGCCAGUUCUGCAGUAUGGUAAUCCUUACACAGCGCAGGAAACAAGAGAUGGAGCAGAUGGUGCUUUUUAUCCAGAUGAAAUCCAGAGGCCACCUGUGCGAGUCCCAUCUUGGGAAGACAAUGUUGUCUGUAGCCAGCCUGCUCGAAACCUUAGCCGGCCGGAUGGCUUAGAAGACCCUGAGGACAGCAGAGAAGAUGAGAAUGUGCCCCUUCCUCCUGAUCCAGCAAGUCAGCAUUUACGUGGUCAUGGGGCAGGCUUUUGCUUUGAUUCCAGCUUUGAUGUUCACAAGAAGUGUCCCCUCUGUGAACUGAUGUUCCCUCCUAACUAUGAUCAGAGCAAAUUUGAAGAACAUGUUGAAAGCCACUGGAAGGUGUGCCCAAUGUGCAGCGAGCAGUUCCCGCCUGACUACGACCAGCAGGGCUUUGAAAGGCAUGUGCAGACCCAUUUUGAUCAGAACGUUCUAAACUUCGACUAGCUUUUAUUAGUAGUAAGCUUUAGCAGCUACAAAACAAAAACAGAAAGCUCUUACGUAGAGACUAAGGAAACUACCAGGUGUCACUUUUAUGUUCCCUCCUUUACACUUUUCUGAUUGAGAACCUCUUUUGAGUAUGGUGUCACUAGGGCCAGGGUAUAGCUUUGACUACAGUAAAUACAGUUUUAAUCUCUGUUAAUUUUGUCUGCUUUAAGAAAAGUUCUUGUAUGUUUAUAUCUUCAUUUACCCCCUAGUUAGACAAAGUGUACGAAGCAGCACACAGGAAUUAUUUUGAUGUUACUGAACUGAAAACACACACACAUCUGUACCAGCUGUGGCUCACUUAGCACAGCCAGACUUUAAGUUUCUGUUCGCCUCGGCGAUUCAGCAUGGCGACUACUAUGUAAUAAAAGCACUGAGCACAACA